UUUGAAAUGACUCGAUGAUAACAGGGAUAUCCUGCGUGUGGACGACGUUACAUGUGGCUUGUUGAAUUCUCUGGGUUGGAAGUGUCUGGGCCGUGCCAGCCGAUGAAGUUUCACGACUGAAGGAAUGAUUCACAUCGGCUUUCUUUCACAUACUGUGUGUGCUUCAUCCUGCCCUACAUUUGUAUGAAUGAGCUGCCCACAGGAAAAGGGACGUAUCGCAUCUGAUAAAAAUAGGGGCUUUCUGCCCUCGUCUGUUCAUAAAAGUGUUGAGAGGAGAAAGGUGACAUUGCCGAAGAAGCCAAGGAGCCGAGUCCAGAGAGGAGCGAACAGAGGAGACAUUUGAAACACAAUGACAAGUUCUUGGAGAAAGCUGGUCCUUUCGCUCAACAUGUCUCUGUUGUUUCUGUUCUGUGCUCAAGGUGUAGAAGCUACAUCAAUAGAGACGUGUAAAUCGUGCCACGUGAAUGCUACAUGUGUAGAGAAAGAUAACAAAUAUACCUGCAUGUGUAACUUUGGACUGAUUGGAAAUGGGAGGACGCUUUGUUUGGAUAAAGAUGAAUGCCAGAUUGGAGCACAUAGUAUAUGUGGGAAUCAUACUGCCUGCCAUAAUACACACGGAAGCUUCUACUGUAUAUGUCUGAAAGGAUAUCGGCCAUCCAAUAACAAUGAGAAUUUUAUACCCAACGAUGGCACGUUCUGUACAGAUAUUGAUGAAUGUGGUGUAUCAAAUGUAUGUGGACAUAACAGCAAGUGUAAAAAUACCCCAGGAAGUUAUGAGUGUUACUGUGUAGAGGGAUAUCGGCCAAUGAACGGCAUGGAACCUUUUCAAGAAAGUAAUGAAAAAUCCUUUUGCACAGAUGUUGAUGAGUGUAGUGUACCGGACAUCUGUGGACACAACAGCCGUUGUAAAAAUAUUCCUGGGAGCUAUGAGUGUUACUGUGCAGAGGGCUAUAGCGUGAUGAAUGGCACAGAACCCUUUCAGGCAAAUGGAAAUACGUCUUUGUGUCUAGCUGUUGACUGUGGGCCACCACCAGUUACUCCAAAUUCCAUUGUGGACCCAUUCAUGAACAGCACUGCGGGAAGUAUGGUAACAUAUAGGUGUGCGCAAGGAUUCAUCGCUGCCGGAGGUCAGAACACAUCUUUCUGCACAGCCGAAGGAAGGUGGGCUGGAGACUCUCUCAUCUGCAAAGCUGUUGACUGUGGACUGCCAUACACCAUGCCCAACGCUGUGAUUUACUCAUCCCUAAGCACCACAUUUGGAAGUAAAGUGAUGUACAAGUGUGCCAAAGGAUUUGUCUCAGAAGGCGGUAAUGACACUUCAACCUGCACAGAAUCAGGGAGGUGGGAAGGUGCAACGUUGAUGUGCAAAGUUGUAGAUUGCGGACCCCCACCCACCAUCCUACAUGCCUCUUCAAGUUUACAAAAGAACACAACUUAUGGAAGCACACUCAUUUUUCAGUGCUGGAACGGUUAUGUUAUGGAUUCUGGAGACGGCACUGCCACUUGUAAUGAAGAUGGGCGUUGGGUGGGAGCUGACCUCAUUUGCAGAGAAAUACAUUGUGGGAACCCACCUUCAAUUCCCAAUGCUAUAGUUGUUUGGAACGGAACUGCAAACCUGGGGAGUGAGCUGCAGUAUGAAUGUAUGACAGGUUUCCAUGAAAGGGGCAACAGGAAUGUGGCUAAAUGCACCGUCAAUGAAACAUGGGAAAAUAUUAACUUCACAUGCACAGAGGUUGACUGUGGAAUGCCUUCAAUAAUGGAAAAUGCUGAAAUGCUUUGGAACAACCGCUCCACUCUGGGAAGUUUUGUCAACUAUCUGUGCAGGCCUGGAUUCAAAGAGAAUGGGGGGAAGAAUAUCUCUCUCUGCAUGGCAGAUGGUGUUUGGGAAAAACUGAAUCUGACAUGCACAGUGAAAGAAGGCUUAAUAAGCAACAUUUCCAUUUCCAAUGACUCUUGUAUACGAUGGGAAAAGAGCAAUGAAAUAAUGAAUUGGACCGUAUUGUAUAAGUUCAGUAUCUACGGAGUGGAGCAGGAUCAAAGGGAUAUAGUGAGCAUGAUGUCCUUCAACUAUUCUACAGAUUACCAGUCCCCAACUGUGUGUUUAGACCUUCUUCCAGGAAACAACUACAAUGUCACAAUUACAGCCUUUUCAUCUGAUGUCCUACUGACAAAAUUAAGUGUAAAGGUGCAUACAGCUAUGAAAGGAAAGCCUGGAAAUAUCAUGGUAUUCAAUGAAACAUGUUUGCAGUGGACUAAAAGUUCAAGGAAAGCUGGGUUUAGUGAAACAUACACAGUAUUGAUUCGUGGUAAGAUGUGGUCAUCCGGAAACCUGCUUCAGGACAUAAUAUUUAACUUCAGUACAGACAAAAUGAUCCUGGUGCUGUGUCUCGAGCUUCCACCAGCAGCAGAAUAUUUCGUAUAUGUCACAGGGUUAUCCACAGACUUUUCUAGCCACGUUCAUGUCAAUAGCUCAGUAGCUGAAAAUGCAAACUCAACCACACAAUUUAACGAAACUUGUUUGAGUUGGAACAAACGUGCAGAUGGCUUGCGAGAGUUAUACAAACUUCAGCUACAAGGAGGAAGAUGGUAUCCAAUGGAAUUGCUUCCUGAAUUGCCUUUUAACAUAAGCGCAGACCAAAAUAUAUCUUCUGUGUGUUUGGAUCAACCCAGAGACACACAACCCACUGUACAUGUGACGGAAACUCCAAAUAAUCACAACACACAGCUAACUACUGCAUCGUGUGGUGGGGGACACUUUAGAGAGCUGACUGUACUCAAUGAAACAUGCUUGUGUUGGAGGAGACAAUCAAGAACCAAAGAGAUAUACACGCUUGUUAUCAAUGGAUACAGAUGGUACCAGAUGGAUUUCAGACACAGACUUGUGUUUAAUGUUACCACACAAGAGGAGGUCCCUCUACUCUGCUUAGAACUGCACCCAGCCACAAACUACACGGUGACCAUUAUCUCAGUGUUAUACCAACAACACCCUGCCCAGGUCAACAUAACUACCAGCAUAGCAGUGCCCCCACUUCCCAAAGCAAUGUUCAAGGUAGUACAAGGUCAGUUACCACGAGUGAGCUUUCAUCGGGUUGAUGAGAAACACGGACUCAUCAGUUCCUACCAGGUCUUUGUGAUCCAUUUGGUUUCCCUGUGCUCCUUUUCAUGCGAGUCUUUGGAGGCUGUUACAUAUUUCACUAAUAAAUCCAAGACCCUUGGAUACAUCACUGCAGAAUUCUUUCCUCGUGACAUUUCAGACCAUCUGGAGUUCUCAGUUGGGGAUAGAAAAUACUAUGGCGAAUUUUACAACGCUCCUUUAGCAAGAGGGGAAGACUAUUGCAUCAUACUAAGGAUUAUAAGCAAGUGGGACAAGAUGAAAACACAGUCAUGUAUGGUCGUGGCGGAAAUAAGAGAUUUGCCUCCUCCUAGGCAUCACGUGACAGUGGUCUUACUAGCUUCGAUCGCAUUUGUCUGUUUUCUUGCAUUUAUGACAUAUACAAUGACACGAUGCUGCAAAAGAUACGAAUUAGUAAAACGAGUUAAUAUCUAAACCCUCUUCCUUUAUGAACAUUUCUCCACUGCAUGUGGUCCGGUGCAACAUACAUUCAAUUCCACCAUCAGUAUUCCGAAUUCUAAAAAACAGACAAUAUUUCUGAUGUCCAAGCCAUGUCAAGCAAGGCAAUUACAAUAAGAUGCUCGAGUGGCAACAAGAAGGGUUAAAACCAUAUGUGUAUUGUCGUAAAAGCUGUUAACUUAAUUGUAUGUGGAGCCAUCUGUAUGUCUACUCAUUGUGAAAAUACUUAAACUUCUGAUCCCAAACGUCUUUUUUGCACUGUACUAAGUGAAUUACUUUUGGUUGAAGGCUUAUGGGACAUUUUGAAUAGGCCUACUAAUCCAUUUUUUUCACUUUACUUGUAGAUUAAGUAAUGUUUAUUUAUCUGUGCCUUAUUUAUUUUAUUUUAAGAUCCUACGUUGCCAUUGUUUGCUUAUUUCUGUUUCACAAUUAAACAGAUUUUUAUAAAUUUCUAAA